AUGUCGAAGACCGAUAGUUGUGGAAAAUCGUCUGAGUUAUGCGAUGAAUUCGUCGGCCUGCAGGAGUCAACACUGCAAGUUUCUACGGAUUCGUUAGUGGAAACCACUGAUUUCAGACAUGGAUUGCAGUCUGCGGGCGAUGCACCGGAUUUCGGACGGGUUUUGCGGUCUGAAUUUGGGACGCAGGAGCCGGCGACGAUGGCUGACUCACCGCGGCGACUUGCCGACCCGGGACAUGUUGCUAUCGUCUUGGAAAACUGCGCGGGACCACGGUUCAGGAUGUACAUUUCAAUCCUGAACCGGGCAAUAACCACGCCCCUUGACGCCCCCCAAGUCAGGACGGACACGCCGCCGUCAGCUGCACCCCCUCAGUGCAGGGUCGUGUCCCCGCUGCCAUUGGUCCGUGGAUUGGAGGAUCAAUUUUUGUGGACACGGCGUCCGUGUUCGUUUCGGCUGUCCACCGCGGUCUCCUUAGACCUGGCAAAUGUCUUGAAUACGGAUUUAUGGGCAAGGAUAGAGGACGCCUUGCUGUCGAAAAGAGUGCCCUCGCGUAUUUUGGUUUGUGCUUUGAGAAGGUACUUCGACGGGUCACUUCCGAACAGCAGCGAACUUGCAGACGGACGUGCAGGGUUGCUGGAGAUCGUUGACAGCGAGCAAACAGCAGUAGUACAACGGCCUUCACCGGAAGAGGUACCGGAAGUCCGUCGCCGGGACGAGAGCCCAGAGCCCGUGGUACAAGAACGCCCUCGACGCAAAUCGAUUUGGAAAACUAAUGUCGUCCAAACAUGGAAAAUUCAACUGCUCGUAAUUUUUGAUGAUUUCCCUCAGCAACUCUACAUAAAAAAUCCUGAAUUCUUCCUUCCUUUCUCCCAUAAAUUGGUAUUUUGGUGCUAUACGGUUUUGAAUUACACAGAUAAUUGGUGCGAUGUCUUGAACACACCCAGUCCCAGUGCCUACCAGAGUCUUCACAAUUUGUAUCGUCAUUUCCCGACAUACAUGAUCAGAGUCAAAGAAACAUGGGUAUAA